UACUAGUACUCUAGUGUGAAACUGGAACCCCAACAACCCAAGCUUCUAGUCUCCUCGGCCAGCGACACGCUCGGAUCGGUCCCCGCUCCACCGCCGCCGCCGCCGCCCCACCUCGCCCUCUCCAAUCCAAUCCCCCCCCCCCUUCCCCCUCGAGCACCCAAUGGCGACGGAGCUGCUCCCAGUCGUGGACAUCCGGCAGCUCUCGCUGUCCGACCUGGACGCGCUCGCCGCCGUCUCCGCGCACGCCCUUGCGCCGCGGACCUGCCCCGACGCCGACCCGCUCCCGCCCCUCAAGAUCGACCGCGCCGUCUUCAACGAGAGCGCCGGUUCCCGGAAGCAGACCUUCUCUCGCCUCCGCCUCGGCGCCGCCGGCGCCGGGUCCUCCUCCUCUCCCUCCUCCGCCCGUCACACCUCCGCGCACUCGUCCGCCGUGCGGAAGUACGAUCCCAUGGGCGAAAUCGUCGCGUACCACCUCCGCCGCCUCUUCGUCCCCGAUGACCCCUCGCCCCCGCCCCCUCCCGAGCCCCAAACCCUAGCCUUACUAAAAGAACCCUCCUCUCCUCCGCCGCCCCCCGACCCCGACCGGGAGACCACCAACGCCAAAGGGGUCUCCGUUGACCUGCUCAGGCUUGCGGGGAUGGUGGACCCCUACGAUGUCGAGCUGCACAGGCGGACGGCCGGGAUGGCUUCCGAGGCCGAGCUGCAGGGUUUCAUCGACAGCCUCGCUGGGAAGUAUAUCAGCCCGAGGCAGCGGAAGAAGAAUGUGGACGCCUCCUUCUUUGGGGAUUACCUCCCUCGCGGGUGGAAGCUGCAGCUCGGGCUCAAGCGAAAAGGGGGGCUCGUCUGGGUGAGCUGCUUCAGCUACGUGAGCCCCAAGGGAAGUCAGUUUUCUACUUGCAAGGAGGUUUCUGCAUACUUGAUGUCACUUCUUGGGUAUCCAGAGCUCAAACCAGCCACUAUUCAGUAUGAAAGCACAGGACAACAUUACUUGAGUGCUAACGAUGGUGAUGAUAGUGUUUUAGGUUUUCAAGAUCAAAUUGGUUCAAUUAUGUACAAGACAAAUGUACAUUCAGUUUCUUCUCUUGCCUUCUCCAGCUAUUCCAGUGAUCCAAACAAUGUGGAUGAAAGGAAUGCAGACAAAGUAAAUGGUUAUGAAUGCCAGAAAUGCAAUUUGACCUUUGGUGACCGCACUUCAUAUGUACAGCACCAUUUGUCAUAUCAUGAAAUGAGUGCUAAGAGGCGCAGGACUGGCAAGUUUGGUGAGCCAGUAGUAGGGAAAGAUGGUAAGUUUGAAUGCCCUAUUUGUCGUAAGUCUUUUGAAGAGGAACCACAGUACUUUGGCCAUGUCGGAUCUCAUGCAAGGUAUGAAGGGUUGACUCCUGAAGCAUUUCUGGAUAAGGCCACUUUCAGAAGGGCAACUAAUGAUUCCUCAGCAGAAAUUUCAUUUAGCCUUCAGGAGUUGACUGAAUCACAUGGACAGAACAACAAGGUUUCUUAUGGUGAAGCAGGCUUUCAGCACCACAAUCAUUCAAAUGAACAUGGUGACAAUAACUCUACAUUCACUGAGUUUUUUAGUACAAAUUAUUCAGAUAAUUUCAUUAGGCCAAAUAAAACUUGGAGUAGGCCUGAAGUGGGUCCUUCCUUUAAUGAUGCUCCAAGUGUAUGUAGAUAUACAAAUUUUACAGGCCAUGCUGAUGUGACAGUUCCAGAAAGGGCAUUGAUCUCCAAUAAUCAAUCCGUUAGCAACAUUAAUAGCUUUGCGGGAGUGGCUAUGUUUAGUGAUCAGCCAGGAAGUAACCAUGUUGUCAGACCUACUGCCUUUGGAACAACCAAUCAUUAUCAGGACCAGAUUAUUGAUCGUGGCAGAGCUGCUCCGAGGCAUGCUGACAAUAAUACUGUGAAAGCAAGAGAUGUCAACCUCAAUUCAUGUGUAAAUACAAUAUCUUUCCCUAUUGCUAAUGCAAAUAAUGAAACAUCAGCUGCCCUUAAUGAAGCUAAUCGGUCAUCUUCUACUGCAAAAUGUUUUAGUGGCAGUUUCAAUAACAAUGGUGGUGCAUCUAGUGCGUCUUCCUGUGGCGGAUUGACCAAUAAAGUAUCUAGUUCAUUUGGCACAACAAGCAAAACCCAAGCUGAUGGCUCCAGAUGCAUUGGUGCAAGCUAUGAGCGUUAUGGUGAAAAUUUUGGUGCUGUUAAAGAUAACCCUUUUGCAAGCAAGAACAAUACUGCAGUGUAUCAGUCCAAUUUGGGCACACAGCCUGUCUAUGCUGUGGCAACUAGGGCAGAUUGUUUUGCUUCUGGUUCAAUGCAGACAAAGAAUAGUGAUAAAGAACUUGCAUCCAGUGCCAAGGAACGGAUUGAUAACGUGAAGAACAGAACAAGUAAAGAAGCAGGAUUUGUCACUGAAGCUUAUAAUAGUGAUGUCUUUAGUGGUGGUAUUACUGAAAAGGGUUUUGCACAGUUCAGCAAUAGUUUUACUCACACAAAGACCAAUUCUUCUGGCCGUUGUUCACUACCUGCACCAAAAACUCCAACAAAUGGAAGUGAUAUCAACUGCAUCAAGGGCUCUUCGAUUAGUAGAGGUGAUGUUAGCUUCACGAAGGGCUCAUUUGUCAAUAGACCCAUCGACAACAAUGAACCAAAUGUAGCUAGGCUUGAGGUGAUGGGAAAGUUGAAUAAUGAGAUGCAAAACCACUAUAAUGAUCAUGCUCCUGGUUUUGACACUCAUGCUGCAGCUAGUGCUAGCCAGAAUGCCAAUGGUCUUGUAUCUAUGCAGGCCAGUUUUGGUCGCAUGUCCUCUACAGUUCAAUCUGUUGCUGAUGUUUCAAUGACCAGCACAUCUCAAGAUCAGUGUGAUUUGCAACUUGGAUUUGGUGCACAGAAGCAGCAGAUAUUUUCUAGUCAUGGACAGAUUAGGACGGCUACAGUUGGAUCCCCUCCGCCUGGGAGCAGUGCCAAAAAAAGUUCUGUACCCACUGAGUCCUCACAGUUUGGGAGCAUGAAUGGGCCUAAAUCUUUCCCCACUGGAACAUCUCAGUUUGGGGGCUUUGCAAGGCCUACUUUGGUGCCUGCUGCACCUUCUCAGUUUGGGAGCAUGGCUCAACCUAAUCAUGUGCAUUCUGCUCAAUCCUCUCAAUUCACAAGCUUGGUUCAACCGAAUUCUAUUCCUCCUGCUGAAUCCUCUCAGUUUGGAAGCAAAGCCCAAUCUAGUUUUGUACCCCCUGCUAAAACCUCUCAGUUCAGGGGCAUGGCUGGACCAAAUUCUGUACCUCCUGCUCAGUCCUCUCAGUCUGGAAGCAUGACUAGACCUAAUUCUAUACCUCCUGAAUCUUCUCAGUCUUUUGGGAGCACGGCUCGACCAAAUUCUGUAACUCCAGAAUCCUCACAGUUUGGGAGCAUUGCCAGACCAAAUUCUGUACCUCCUGUAUCGUCACAGUUUGUUAGCAUGCCCAGUCAAAAUUUUGUGAGCGCAUCUGAACCGACUCUAGUUUUGGGGUAUGCACCGCAGAUUGGAAGUGGCCCUCCACCUCAAGUCCAGUUAGGAUGGGAUUUGUCCUUGCCAAGGAUGGUUACUGGUGGCAGCAUGGUCACCUGUUUAUGUAUAUGGUGCAACAGUCAGUUCCAUCAUUUUGGCCCUCUUGAUGGGCAGCAGCCUAGUUCUUUUGGCUUCAUUUGCCCCACCUGUAAAGAUCGGAUGUCUGGUCAUCACAAUAUGCCCAACAAUGGUUCAUGGCAGCAUUGAGGUGCAGUGUGAUUUGUUAAUAAUCUGUAAUGCUGCAUCUGAGGGAUCUUUUGGUUUUCUGUACACUAACGUCUGUUGACUGUCAGAGGACUGAAAAUUGUCUGCACAGGCAGCAGUGGUCCGCCUUUGAGUCGACUGUCAAGGAAUGAAUGGUAUUUGUAUCGACAGGGUCUUGAGCUGGGAGCUGGAAUGCUUGAGUCGGUAGCAGGGUAUGUAAUGAGAUAAGUGUGGUUUUCUGCUACUUGUCAAAGAUAGCAAUGGGAGACCAUGAUGAAUUCAGGACAUCUGAAAUUUUGCUGCUCUCAGAUGACCCAACCAAUUUAAAAAUUUCCAAUUGGGCUCCGAGGGACCAAGGAUGUUGCGACUCAGGUAAUGCUUUCAAUGUCUAGGGAUCAAGCUGGCAUGUUUGUCGGUUCCUCGAGCUAUAUCUGGUUACUUUGAGCUCUAGCUGUGAUGGGAGUGGCCUUUGUUAAUGGUACUAAACUUGAAAUGACUCCAGUCCAGUGUCAUGGUGGUUGUGUAAAGUAUGUGUUAGCUCAGGUGGAUUAGAUCUCUAGCUCUUGAUCUAAUGUAAUAUUUCCCCAACUCCGGGGCCUUUGUCAAUCCUCGCCUAUUGAAGUUCUGUCUAGUCAAGCUGAAGUACGUUUCUAGGUAA